GUCGCCCUGUGCCCUGCAGGUGCUGGGAGAUCCGUAAGGAAGAUGCUGGGACACCAAGGAAGCCGGCAAAUGAGACAGAGUCUCACCUUACCGCCUUCAGUAGAGUGCCAUGACGUACACAGGACUUACAGCAACCUCUACUCUAGCUCUUGGGCUUCCGCAAUUCUCCUGCCUCAGCCUCCCAAGCAGCUGGGAUUACAGGCGCCCGCCACAACGCCUGGCUAUUUUUUGGUUGCAGUUCAGCCGGGGCUGGGUUUGAACCUGCCACCCUCAGUAUAUGGGGCCGGCGCCUUACUCACUGAGCCACAGGCACCACUCCAUAUUUCUUAUUGGAGUGUCAUGUGUUUAGACUUUGUCAGCUUAUCCUGUGUGAUGUAAAUAUACUACCCAUUUACAUUUUUUCUUUCAUGUUUCUACCUAAUGAGUUUGUUUCAGCUAUCCUCUCAUCCCCUUUUUGAGACAGAGUCUUACUCUGUCACCCUGAGGAUAGAGUGCCCUGGCAUCAUACAGCAACUUCAAACUUUCGAUCCUUUUGCUUCAGCCUCCCAAGUAGCUGGGACAACAGGUGCCCACCACAACACCAGGCUCGUUUUUCUAUUUUUAGUAGAGAGGGGAUGUAUCUGUUGCUCGGUGUGAUCUGGAACUCCUGAGCUCAAGCAAUCCACCCACCUUGACCUCCCAUAGUGCUAGGAUUAAAGAUUCCCUUUGCAUGUAGCUUGCUUUGGAAAAUGAAGGCUCUCAUCUUUGCUUCCUGGUCAGAUGAACUGGGAUAGAGCCAUGCUCUGCCACUUGCUGACUGUUCAGAAACACAUUCCGCUGGGCCAGAAGCAUUAACAUGACUGGAACUGUUGACAUUCAGGGAUGUGACCAUAGAAUUUUCUCCAGAAGAGUGGGCAUGCCUGGACCCAGCUCAGUGGAAUUUGUAUAGGGAUGUGAUGUUAGAGAACUACAGAAACCUGGCCUCUCUGGGUCUUGCAGCCUCCAAGCCAGACCUGAUCACCUGUUUGGAACAAAGGAAAGGACCCUGGAAUGUGAAGAGACACAAGAUGGUAACAGAACACCCAGCUAUGUCUUCUCAUUCUGCCCAAGGCUGUUUGCCAGAGCAGCACAUAAAUGUUUUAUUUGAAAAAGUCAUACUAAGAAGAUAUGGAAGCUGUGGCUUUGAGAAUUUAAACUUAACAGAAGACUGGGAAAAAGUGGGUGAGUGUAAAGAGCAGAAAGGAUGUUAUAAUGGACUUAACCAAUCUUCAAAAACUACCCACAGCAAAAUCUUCCAGUGUAAUAAAUGUUUGAAAGUCUUCAGAAAAUUGUCAAAUCUAAAUAAACAUAAGAUGAGACAUCCUGUAGAGAAACCAUUUAAAUGUAAAGAACGUGGGAAAGGCUUUAAGCAAUGCUCACACAUUACAGAACAUAAGAGAAUCUAUAAUGGAAAGAAAUCUUACAAAUGUAAGAAAUGUGGCAAAGUCUUUAAGUCUUUAUUGAGCCUUUCUAACCAUGAAAUAAUUCACACUGGAGAGAAACUCUGUAAGUGUGAAAAGUGUAGCAAAGGUAUGAACCACAGCUCAAACCUUUCUAAACGUAGGAGAAUCAAUACUGGAGAGAAACUCUACAAAUGUGAAGAAUGUGGCAAAGUCUUCAAUCAGUGUUCAUACCUUACUAAACAUAAGAGAAUUCAUACUGGAGAGAAACCUUACAUAUGUGAAAAAUGCGGCAAAGCCUUUAAUCAGUGCUCAUACCUUACUAAACAUGAAAGAAUUCAUUCUGGAGAGAAACCCUACAAAUGUGAAGAAUGUGGCAAAGCUUUCAACCGGUGCUCACACCUUACUAUUCAUAAAAGAAUUCAUACCAGAGAAAAAUCCUACGAAUGUGAAGAGUGUGGCAAAGCCUUUAAUCAGUAUUCAUACCUUGCUAAACAUAAGAAAAUUCAUAUUAGAGAGAAACCCUACAAAUGUGAAGAGUGUAGCAAAGCCUUUUACUGGUACUCAGACCUUUCUGUUCAUAAAAGAAUUCAUACAGGAGAGAAACCAUACAAAUGUGAAGAAUGUGGCAAAGCCUUUAAUCAGUUCUCAUACCUUACCAAACAUAAGAGAAUUCAUACUGGUGAGAAACCCUACAUGUGUGAAGAAUGUGGCAAAGCCUUUCACUGGUACUCAGACCUUUCUGUACAUAAGAGAAUUCAUACAGGAGAGAAACCCUACAAAUGUGAAGAAUGUGGCAAAGCCUUUAAUACAUGCUCAUACCUUACUAAACAUAGGAGAAUUCAUACUGGAGAGAAACCAUACAGAUGUGAAGAAUGUGGCUCAGCUUUUAACCAGUGCUCAUAUCUCACUGCACAUAAGAUAACUCAUAAAGGAGAUAAACCCUACAAAUGUGAAGAAUGUGGCAAAGCUUUCAACCAGUGUUCAUACCUGGCUGCACAUAGGAGAAUCCAUACUGGAGAGAAACCUUACAAAUGUGAAAAAUGUGGCAAAGCCUUUAACUGGUGUUCAGACCUUGCUAUACAUAAGAGAAUUCAUACCAGAGAAAAAUCCUAAGAAUGUGGAAGCCUUAUCCAGCACUCAAAUCAUUUCUUCAUAUAGAAGAACAAAUGAAUAAUAUGACAAAGACUUUAAUCAGUGCUUAUACCUUACUAAGAGUAAAAUAAUUUAUACUGGAGAAAAACCCAACAAAUGUAAAGUGGCAAGGCUUUUAACUACUGCUCACACCAAUCUACACGAAGAAUUCAACAACAAAAAAUUUUACAAAUUAAAAAAAAAAAAAAAAACCUGAGCAUGGUAGAUCACGCCUGUAAUCCUAGUACUCUGGGAGGCUGAAGCGGGCAGAUUGCUUGAGCUGAGGAAUUUGAGACCAGCCUGAGUAAGAGCAAGACCUCGUCUCUAAAAAUAGCCAGGCAUUGUGACUGGUGCCUGUAGUCCCAGCUAUGCUGAGGCUGAAGUCAGAGAAUAGCUUGAGCCCAGGAGUUUGAGGUUGCUGUGACCUAUGACACCACGGCUCUAAUAAGGGUGACAAAGUGAGACUCUGUCUCUAAAAAAAAUAUAUAUAUUAUAAAUUUGCAGAAUGUAGCAGAACCUUUAACCAGUACUUACAACUUUCUGUAUAUAAGAAAAUUCAUAUGGGAGAAAUACUCGAAAAAUUGAACGGGCUUGGCGCCUGUAGCUCAAGCUGCUAGGGUGCCAGCCACAUACACCGGAGCUGGUGAGUUUGAAUCCAGCCUGGGAUCGCCAAACAACAAUGAUAACUACAACCAAAAAAUGGCCAGGUAUUGUGGUAGCCUGUAAUCCCAGCUACUUGGGAGGCUGAAGCAAGAGAAUCACUUAAGCUCAAGAGUUGGAGUUUGCUGUGAGCUGUGACAGUUCGGCACUCUACCCAGAGCGACAGCUUAAGACUCAUAAAAAAAAUAAAAAUAAAUAAAAAUUUGAACAAUGUGGCAAAGCCUUUAUUAAGUGUUCAUACUUUACCAAACAUAAGAUAAUUUGUAUGUGAGCAAAAUCCUACAAAUGUAAAGGAAGUAGGAAAGGCUCUGAUGACUGUUCACAUAUUACUUGUUAUCAGAGGUCAUGCUAGGUAAAAGUAUAAAUUUAACAACUGUUAGGAUGCAUUUCAGAAAAUAAAAGUCCUAGAGUACACUAGAGUAUUUAUACUGAAAAAAAAAGUUAAAACUAUAGAAUGGUGCAGUACUUUUCUUAUAUUACAGAUCUUAUUUACAUAGGCUAAUUUGUACUAUGGGGAAACCAUCAAUUUCUCAAGUUUAUUUUGAUUCACAGAAUUUGGAUUGGUGACAAACUGUACAAAUAUAAUGAAUUCAGGAAAACCUUUUUUCCAAAAAUUACACCUUUGAAAAAUCAGAGAUGUUUUACAUAUGCCAUAAUAUAAAUAAAUAUUUGUUAAAGUAUCAACUCUUAAAUAUCAGAGUUCACAGUAGAAAGAACUAAGGUACUAAUAAUCUCGGACAUUACUGAAAAAGAGUGUUGAUUGUAGAGAAUAAUCAAAAGUUGAAAUAGUUAUAUCUUAUGCCUGUUUAUGUUUGGGGGAAGCAGGAGAUUGAUUUUGUGGAGAGUUAUGACUACAUUCAUAAUACAAUCUUUGCAUUCAAAAUUUUUUAUCUUUGUUUUGAAAAUUAGAUAUUGAUACAAUUCAACUCACAAAUUACUUGAUCGUAUGUAUGCUUUGUUUGGAGUGUUUCUGUUAAAGCAAGUGGACAAUUCUUCCUGCAUCAAAACUAAUGUCCUUCUAAAUUAGACUGACAUCGUUCGCAUACUCUUCCAAGGAACACUAAGGACACUGAAAUGUAAGAUGUGUGAAACAUAGUCUAAGUGGAGAGGCUUUUUGUGAUUAACUUAGAAAGCUGCAAGUGAUGUCAGAGGUAGGUACUGAGAGUAAUUCUUCUACGUUGUAGUUAGAAAUAUUUUUAAUUUUAGAAGAAAAUUACAUAAUAAGGUGACUUUGAAAUGAUUUUUAAGAUGUAUGAACUUAAUUUGUUUUAAUAAAGCAAAAUUGUGUUUGACGGUUUAA